UCACUCCCCCUUGGCUCCGCCCCGACCGCGGCCAAUUGGAGCGCGCGUUGCCGUGGCAACGGCGUGGGGGGCGGCAGCCAAUGGGAGAACGCGGCAUUGAGGCCGCCGGGAGUGAAGGCGGCGGGAUGGCCUGCAGCUGUAAGAAGCCGGCGCUGGGGGCCGCUCCCCAGAGGAAGAAGGCGAGUCCCAAAGCAGAGCUGUCCGAGGAGCAGCAGCGGGAGAUCCGCGAGGCUUUCGAGCUCUUCCACGCCGACGGCAGCGACAGCAUCGAUGUCAAGGAGCUCAAGGUGGCCAUGAGGGCCCUGGGCUUUGAACCUAAAAAAGAAGAGAUCAAGAAAAUGAUCUCAGACAUCGACAAGGAAGGGACGGGAAAGAUCAGCUUUGAUGACUUCUUGGCAGUGAUGACCCAGAAAAUGGCUGAAAAAGACUCCAAAGAGGAAAUUCUCAAGGCCUUCAAACUCUUCGACGACGACGAAACCGGCAGAAUCUCCUUCCGAAACCUCAAACGUGUGGCCAAAGAACUGGGGGAAAACCUCACAGAUGAGGAGCUGCAGGGGAUGAUCGAUGAGGCAGACAGAGAUGGGGAUGGGGAAGUGGACGAGCAGGAAUUCCUGCGGAUCAUGAAGAAGACCAGCCUGUACUGAAGCACAAUUGGAUUUAUUCCUUUGCACACAUUGUGUGGAUGCCUCAUUUUUUCCCCCCCAGUCCUUUCUUUGUUUUGACUCAGCAUAAAAAAAA